AUGAGCCCUUCACCAGAAACGGUGGAUGCAAUCAAGACUUCACUCGAACCCUACAUCAGACCAAGGGACGAGGUCUUGCGCAUCCGGCGCAUCCUUGCUGCGCAAUUGAACGCGUGCCGUGGAACGCGAAACGAUGCCGCCCCCCUAGCUUUGAAUGACCCAACUUGCAGAGUAACAUCCAAUAUUGAAGCGAGAGGUCUACAGAGAGCAUAUCUCAAGGCUGUCGAUGCCAAUGUCAAGGCUCAGAAGGAUUAUCAAGCGCUUCAAAUACAGAACCAUCGGACCACAUCUCGCCAAACAGAGCGUACGCUCUCCAAGAAGGGGGCGAACUUCUUGGAUGAGAAACUAGCCACUGUCAAGCUACAAAAGAAGCAACAACGGUUGCAGGCAAUCGAUCAGUGUCUCCGCUCUUUAGGCCAGAAGCCAGCUGCGUCUCAGGACUUUCUGGACCCCAAGGAAAUAUUUCGGGACUCCACGGCUCUGCCGUCGGUACCGAAGGAAGUCGUCGAUGGCUUUGCCAUCGAUGCCGAAGCCGGCCAUGCAGACCUCAAAGUUCUUAUCAGCCAGCUGGAGAAAUCUGUGUUUCGCGCCAAGUUGCUUCUGAAGAAGGAGGAGCAGUUUCUGAAGGAUGUUCGAGCAAAAGCUUCAGAUUUGCCCUCCAAGAUCCCGGACGGAGCCAAGUUGAAAGCGCUGAGCAGCACGCGUGACGAGCUCAUAUCUUGGAUCGAGACAGAGCUUGCGAACGCGCCAACGGACGAACCAGAUGAAGCAGACUUGUCACCAGCUAAAAUCAAGCAAAACUCGUCAGAUCAAGCGCACAUUGAUGAGCAGCUUGUCAGCAUCAAGGAGUCAUAUGAGGAGUACUUAAAGAUACGCAAAAUCAUCAUAGAAGCCACCACUCAGAGACCUCAGCCUGCCAUCCUACCGCAGAGGCAUUGUUCGGAGUUGACGAACUCGCCAAGUGUUGGUCAUACGGUUCCGACAGCACAUCUACUCACACCUUAUCUUGAGAGGCUUCUGAGCCUGGCUCACCAACAGAAGGGGUAUAUUGCCCAAAAAUCUCAUCUUAACGUAACGCUCGCGAAACAGCUCAAAGAGACUUGUCAGACACUGGAUCACCUGGCAGACGAGAGUCAGCUUCUGCCCAGCUUCCCUCAACCCUCGGUUGCCAGGAGGCAAGGUCUUGGAGAUGGGCUGGCGCCCAGGGAAAAUGCUGGGGCAUCCAGCCGAGCAAACGCAUGGGUAUACGCCGCAGACUCAGCCAAGAUCGCUACCCUAGAGGUUGUUGCUGAAAAGAUUGAAGAGGGACAGCUUGCUUUGGAGGGUUCUAUGAAGACUCUUAGCGAGCUGGACCAACUAUUGGGAAUCGAAGCGAGAGAAGCGCUGGCCAUUGAAGCAGAGACGACUGACGAUGAUAUAUGGCUGGCUCAGACCAAGACCGACCAGGUCCAGCGAAAACAUGUAGAUGCACAGUCUGGCAAGACAGGCAACGAGAAGGAUGUCUGGUCAUCUUUAGAAGGGAAUCUUGGCCUCAUUGGCCCCGAUGAUGAUGUCGCCUAA